CUUCUUUACUCUCAUUUCCUCACUCUACUCUCAUUUUUUUUUUCUCUGUUCUCCCCACAAACAUUUCAGUUUCACUUCUCACAAAAAAAAAAACGCUUUAUUUCUCUAUUUUUCUUUUAUUCUCUCUCUUUAUUUUGUGCCAACCAAUUCCAAUUCACCUUUUUCCGAGUCUCUCUCCCCCUUCUUCCAGAAAAUUGACCCUAAUCAGAUUGAUUUCGUUUCUUCUCUCACCUUCUAUUCCGAUUUUUCGUGACACUUGUUUUGAUUAUCGCUGCGCGGUUUCGAGUAUCGGGAAAUUGUUUCAGGAAUUUUGAUUAAGGUGUUAGGGUUUUGAUUCUUUGGUGCGUGAGUAUGAGGCUGAUGGAUGAGGUUGAGAAGGAGGAGGAGAAGGUAGUGGAGGAGGUUCAAGAUCAAUGGUGUCCGGUGGUGAAUACUGGAUUCUCUUCGCCGAAGAAAUUCGUAGUUGUUGGUUACGCUCUUACUUCAAAGAAGAUUAAGAGCUUCAUGCAGCCGAAGCUUGAAGGAUUAGCUAGGAACAAGGGGAUACUCUUUGUAGCCAUUGACCAGAAUAGGCCUCUUUCAGAGCAAGGUCCUUUUGAUAUAGUGUUACAUAAGUUAUCAUGCAAAGAGUGGCGCCAGGUUCUUGAGGAUUAUAGACAAUCACACCCAGAAGUUACUGUUCUGGAUCCUCCUGAUUGCAUACAACAUUUACGUAACCGUCAACACAUGCUUCAGGCUGUUGCUGAGAUGAACUUUUCUGAUUCUUAUGGGAAAGUUGGUGUUCCUCGGCAAUUAGUUAUCAAGAGAGACGCCUCAGCCGUCCCAGAGUUGGUCAACAGAGCUGGCCUGAAUUUACCUCUAGUUGCAAAGCCACUGGUUGCCGAUGGAAGUGCAAAGUCUCAUGAAUUAUCCCUUGCUUAUGAGCCAUACUCUCUUCAAAAACUUGAACCUCCUUUUGUUCUUCAGGAGUUUGUCAACCAUGGAGGUGUUCUCUUUAAAGUUUAUAUAGUUGGUGAUGCAAUAAAGGUUGUCAGACGGUUUUCAUUACCUGAUGUUUCCAAGUGGGAGCACUCCAAGGAUGCUGGCAUAUAUCGUUUUCCAAGGGUUUCUUGUGCUGCAGCUUCAGCAGAUGAUGCGGAUCUGGACCCCAUUGUUGGUGAGCUGCCUCCAAGACCCCUACUUGAGAAGCUGGCUACAGAACUCCGAUGGCGAUUGGGUCUUAGAUUAUUCAACUUGGAUAUGAUCCGCGAGUAUGGAACUAGAGAUCGGUUUUACGUCAUCGACAUAAACUACUUUCCUGGAUAUGGCAAAAUGCCAGAAUAUGAACACAUAUUUACAGACUUCUUGUUGAAGCUGGGGAAUGGGAAGUACAAGAAAAAAUCAGGCUAAGUGAUGAAAUUGACAUCAUAACGUAAGCAUAAUUGCCUCUCAUUUGAGGCUCCAGAUUAUGGCUAGAGGCAGUAUCUUUCUUAGUCCCUAUUACUAACAAUUUCUUCAUUUGCACUGUGUGGAGAAGUCAUAGGACAACUUCCGGAACACUUAGCGUGGCGGGAACAUCAGCCGGUACAGAAAACCGAUAUUCUUACUACUGAAAAGUAACAGAAGCUAUUGCAUUCAGCAUCAGUACAUAGCAGAGUGCUAAAUCCUGAAGUUUCUAGCUUAGCCUUGAUAAGAAAUAGGAGACUGUAGCUCUAAUUCUGCAACUCUUGAAGGAUUCGUCUCCGUGGAAAAAAUGGUGACUGGUGGUGGUGCCUCACCACCAAUGCUGAUGAUAAUAUGAAAGAGAGAGACGACCUUUUUUGUAGCACAAGUUAACAGGGUUUCAAGUGCACUACUGAUUGUUCUUUGCUGUAUAUACAUGUAGAUUCUUCACGUUAGCAACCUAAUCUUUGAUUUCAUGAAAUCAAAUUUAAUUAUUAUUGCUAUAUAUCUCGUUGUAAUUAUUACCUCAGCUAAAUGGCUGAGCACAAUAGGCGUUCGCGCGUAAGUUAAUUAUAAUAAAUUCUCUCUCUCUCUCUCUC